UAGAAUGUAAACCGGUGUGUGGAGGAGAAAAGGGGGAGGGAUUGCACUCACAUUAUGUGACUGACAAACUAACAAACUCUUAAUAGUGUAGAAGAUUUUUGAAGAGGAAAGACCAAAACAGAGUCCUGUGUGCCCGGAGCACGAGUGUAUAGAUCUCCGAUUCCUGAUUUCCUGGUCCUAAACUUCCAUAAUGUCACUCCUGACUCACGUGCUGGCAUGCUUGUUUGGCAUGGGCUCCUGGGUGGCCAUCAACGGAAUGUGGGUGGAGCUCCCACUUAUUGUACCAGAGAUCCCAGAGGGUUGGUACCUACCAUCCUACCUCACAGUCCUCAUCCAGAUGGCCAAUAUAGGACCCCUGUUCAUCACCCUUAUGCACCGCUUUCGUCCAGGUAUGCUGGAUGAACGGCCCAUUGUCUACUGCAUUGUGUCGUUGGGUAUCAUUGCAACAUUCCUUUUGGCUUUUUUUUGGAAGCAUACAGUGACAAUAGGGGGCGCCCUGCACAGUGUGUCCCUUUUGAUAUUAUGCUUCCUGUUGUCGGUCGUGGACUGUACCUCCUCUGUCACCUUCUUGCCUUUCAUGAUGCGCCUAGGCCCCCAGUACCUCACCACAUACUUUGCAGGGGAAGGCCUCAGUGGUCUGGUCCCUGCACUGGUGGCUCUAAUUCAGGGCGUUGGUGUCGUCCAUUGUCAGAAUGCCACUUUGACAGACUCAUUUAACCAAACACUUGAGAAUUCAUCUGUUGGUAGUGGAAAGCUGGAAGCCAUCUACCAACCAGCAACAUUUUCUGCUCAGGUGUUUUUCCUGUUUCUAAGCAUUAUGAUGGUUGUUUGCCUGAUUGCCUUCACCCUACUCAAUCAUCACCCUGCUGUGGCUCGAGAGAAGAAGAACGACAUGUAUUUCAAUGAAGAAUUGACGCCUGGGAAGAGAGAGCAAGGGUUCUCUCUGCAUGCUCAAACACCAGAGCAAAAGCCAAUGAUAAAUCCCUUCGAGUCUUCAAGGAGAGAACCUCGCAGCUCCUUUGGCAGGGGCACCUACAGCAACUUUGAGUUGUUUUUCAUCUUUGUGGUACUGGCCUGGGUGAAUGCUCUGACCAAUGCGGUGCUGCCAUCAGUGCAGUCCUACUCCUGCCUGCCUUAUGGGAACCGGGCCUAUCAUCUGGCUGCCACAAUGGCCGCUGUCUCCAACCCAGUGGCCUGUUUCAUUGCCAUGUUCAUGCCUAUCAGGUCGCUCACCUUCAUGUGUCUUCUGACUGUGUUUGGGACUGGAUUUGGAGCCUACAUCAUGGCCAUGGCUGCCCUAAGUCCUUGUCCUUUGCUGGUUCACAGCGCAUCUGGAACUGUUGUUAUAGUGCUGGCUUGGAUCCUCUUUGUUCUCUGUCUGUCCUAUGUGAAGGUCAUCAUUGGGGUUAUUCUCCGGGAUGAGGGCCAUAGCGCCCUCGUGUGGUGUGGAGCGGUAGUCCAACUGGGUUCCAUGGUUGGUGCCCUGUCCAUGUUCCCACUGGUUAGCGUCUAUGGACUUUUUAAGUCAGGUGAUGCUUGCAACACAGUGUGUUCCAUGUAAAGAAGAAAUAUGUUAAAAAUACUGCUGUACAAAGAAAUACAAGUUGCACUGAGUUUACUAUACCAUACCAUCACCAUACCAUCACCAUAUUAGUAAGCGUGAACUCAUUCAAGUCUUUAGCCUCACAUAUUUGGAAGAGGGAUGAGUCACCUGAAGUUCUUGCAUUACCUUAAUGCUUCAGAAGACUUAUUAAUCAGGUUAAUAAACACAUUACCCAUAAACCAUACAUUACUUUUCAGCUAUUAUAUUGAAUGGUUAACAUAAAGUGAAAGUAUACAAAUAUUAUUUUGGGAGUGUGUAUUAUUAUGAUGUACAUUUUUGCCUCUUUUGUGUUAGUAGUUUGAAGUACUUUUUUGCUGAAUAUGAUUUGCUUUGUAAAUGUUACAUUAGUGGAGAUAGUGUUAAAAUAAAUA